AUAACGUAAAUAAAAAAACUUGAAAUCAGUUUGUUACCGGCAUAGUGUGUGGUGGGUGGCGUUAAGUGUAUCAAAAGAAAUAAAAAUCUACUCAAUAUGUUAAGAAACUUUACCAAAAUUUUGCAAGUGCAGAAAGCGAAAUUUUCGGCCGCUGCUGCACCGGCACCCCAAACAAACCCAGAUAUAUUAUACACAGGGCUGUUCAUCAACAAUGAAUGGGUAAAAUCUUCAGACGGCAAGACAUUCACAACAGAGAACCCAGCAACAGAGAAGGUGAUAGCAGAAGUUCAACAAGCCGGCAAAGCUGAUGUUGACAAAGCUGUGAAAGCCGCUAAAGAUGCAUUCAAAUUGGGAUCGCCUUGGAGGCGAAUGGAUGCUUCAGAGAGGGGAUACUUACUUAAUAGACUUGCUGAUCUCAUUGACAGAGACAAGGUGUACAUAGCUAGCUUGGAGACUCUUGACAACGGCAAGCCAUACACCGCGUCAUAUUACGGUGACGUGACCGCUUCUGCUAAGAACUUACGCUAUUACGCCGGCUGGGCUGACAAGAACCAUGGAUAUGUACUGCCAACUGAUGGCAAUUACUUCGCAUACACAAGGCAUGAGCCUGUGGGCAUUUGCGGUCAGAUCAUCCCAUGGAAUUUCCCUCUGUUGAUGGCAUCAUGGAAGUUGGGACCGGCUCUUGCUACUGGCAACACCAUAAUCCUCAAACCCGCAGAGCAAACACCACUCACCGCGCUUUACCUCGCACAACUUGUGAAGGAAGCAGGUUUCCCCGAAGGUGUAGUGAAUGUGUUGCCGGGCUUCGGAGACGCCGGCGCUGCGUUAGUACAGCAUCCCGAUGUCGACAAGAUCGCUUUCACAGGGUCAACAGAAGUAGGUAAGGCAAUCCAGCGCGGCGUGGCGGACACCAUCAAGCGUGUGACGUUGGAGCUGGGCGGGAAGUCCCCCAACAUCAUCCUGGCUGAUGCUGACCUGGAGUACGCGGUGGAGAAGGCGCAUAUGGCCGUCUUCUAUAACAUGGGGCAAUGCUGCUGUGCUGGUUCACGUACAUUCGUCGAAGAAUCGAUAUACGAUAAAUUCGUCGAAAUGUCGGCGGAGCGCGCUAAAAAGCGGGUAGUCGGGGAUCCUUUCAAUUUAGCAACAGAACAAGGUCCUCAAGUAGACAAGGAUCAGCACGAGCAAAUACUACGUCUAAUAGAAAGCGGGAAAAGCCAGGGCGCGAAGCUAGUCACUGGUGGAGGGCGCGCCGGAACUGUGGGACAUUUCGUACAACCGACUGUGUUCAGUGAUGUUAGAGAUGAUAUGGAUAUAGCGCGGUAUGAGAUAUUCGGCCCGGUGCAGCAGAUUCUGAAGUUCUCCAAAAUGGAUGAAUUGAUCGAACGCGCAAAUGAUACGCACUAUGGUCUCGCCGCUGCCAUAUUCUCUAAGGAUUUGGACAAAACUAACUAUCUUAUACAGGGUCUUCGUGCGGGUACAAUUUGGGUGAAUGACUACAAUGUAUUCGGUAAUCAAGUACCGUUCGGAGGUUACAAGCAGUCAGGUCUUGGUAGGGAGAACGGACCCUACGGCAUCAAGAACUACACAGAGGUCAAGGCUGUCGUCGUCAAGGUCACUGAGAAGAACUCCUAAAAUAUGAAAAUCAAAAAUAAAUGAAAUCAAAAACAAAUAAUGAAAGGUCUGUUCAGACAUAGGGAUUUUUAGAAUAAAUAAAAUCGAUCUUUACUCCAUUGAAAUAAAGUUCAAUUUGACUUUACACGUAUUUUUACACUUAAAAGACGUGCACAGUAAAGUUAAACCUUGUUGCAAUUGUAUAAAGCUUUCAUUUGAUAUAAAAAAUGUGCUCUUCGUCUUCUGUUUGAACGGAUCCUGCAAAAAGCCAAUAAUAUCGGGUGCUUAUUUUUUUUAUUUCGAAAGAGAAAUAG